AUGAACAUAAUUACACCAGAAGUGAAGUCAUCCUUGUCAAAAUACAAGGAUGCAAAGCGCUUGUGGGAUACUCUCAAAGAACGAUUUGCUCUUGUCAGUGGUCCUAGGAUUCAACAACUCAAGGUUUCAAUUGCAAGAUGUGAACAAACCAAAGGUAUGAUUGUUGCUGCAUAUUAUGGUAAACUAAAAACUUUGUGGGAAGAAUUGCACAGUCAUGAACCAUUAAUCACAUAUACUUGCUAUACACGGUGCACUGUUGGUCGAAAACAUGAAACCCGUCGAGAAAAAGACAAGCUUCAUGAGUUUCUGAUGGGGUUGAAUGGUGAGUGUUUUGUACAGAUUCGGUCAAACAUUCUGUCACAAGAUCUUUUACCCUCUCUCAAUAGAGCAUAUCAAAUGGUAAUUCAAGAUGAAAGGGUAAGAACCAUCUCUAAUGUAACUAAAGAAAAGCCUGAAGUUAUGAGCUUUGCAAUUCGAACAAGCAAAAAAGGUCGAGACAGAAACGAUCAAGUUGACAAGAAUAAAUGCUAUUGUACACACUGCUACGGAGGAAGUGGACCUCGAGCAAAUGUGGUUGUCGUUGAAUAUAUAAGUUUUGGAUUUAGUUCAGAAACGUUUUUAGCUGCACAAGCAUUCACUGCUGAACAAUUGAAGGCUCUCGCAAGUGUGUUUGGUAAUAUGUCAUUCUCGAAUGAUCAUUUGUCUGGAAGCUCCAUGGACAAUUAUGGAUCAUUGAUACAGGACCAAAUGAGGGCGCUACAUGGAAUGGGAAGUAAACAAGAUGAACUCUACUACUUUGAGGAACCAAGUUUAGUUAAAGCAAUCAAAGUAAAUAAAGACGAUUCUUCUUUUUCAUUGUGGCAUAGCAGAACGGGGCAUCCUUAUGAGAAAGUACUAAAAUAUCUUCCUAUGACUAGUAGUAGUAAAGAUUAUUUGAAUAAAGCGUGUGAAGUUUGUUUUAAGGCUAAACAUCCUAGAGAUCUUUUACCAUUAAGUGAACAUAAUAGUAAUCAAAAUUUUGAAAUAAUUCAUAUGGAUUUGUGGGGUGCUUACAAACACAUGUCCUCUUGUGGUGCUAAAUAA